AUGAAACAAACAAAUAACGGAGCCGAAAUAGAAGCUAUCGUGAAAACAAUUAACAUACUAAAGAAAAAGGGUUUAUGCAAAGUCAGGAUACACACCGGCUCUAAAUUUGCGAUAGAUGGUUAUCUGAAUUGGUUACCGAAAUGGAAAGAAAAUGGGUGGAAAACGAACAGAAGGAAAACGGUAGUUAGUAAGGAGAUAUUUAGCAAGCUAAGCGAUAACAUAACCGGGAUCAAAGUAGAACUAAUUUACGAACCGGGGCACAGUGGAAUAAAAGGCAAUGAAGAAGCAGAUAAAUUAGCUAAGCUAGCUAUAGAGUAG